AUGUUGGAAACCGAUCAACCAGAAAGAGCGGAACAAUUCUAUCGAACAGCUCUCGAAAAAGUGACUGAAUGGAAGGAUCAAGUAGCGAUAUUACAUCAACUUGGUACUCUCUAUGAUACACAAGAUGAUUUAGACGAAGCACUAGAUCAAUUCCAUCGUUCACUUGAAAUCUAUCGAAAAAACGUAUCUGAUGAUGAUCCAAUACUUACAUGGACAUACAAUGUUAUUGGACUAAUCUACAGCAAGCAACAAAAGUUUGAUCUUUCUCUAGAAUAUUUUAAUCGUGCACUUCGUAUUGAACUCAUUAUGCCUCAGUCUAAUGAAGAAAACAUUGCUCGCUGCUACAAUAAUAUAGCCAGUGUCUAUGCUGAUCAAGAUAAGUAUCCGGAUGCUCUGAUUUACUAUCGUCAUGAGCUUGAUAUUAAACUAAAGAUACUUCCUUCAUCUCAUUCUUCAAUUGCUGUCUCUUACAGUAAUGUUGCAUACAUGCUUUACUGUUUAAAUCGGUUCGCUGAAGCUGUCGAAUAUCAACAAAACGCACUCGACAUUGAUCUUCAAUCAUUACCUUCAGAACAUAUACAGACAAAACAGCAUAAAAAUUUGCUCACAGCUUAUCAAAAGUUAAUACAUGUCAGAAAUAUUCGUGAUGAAUCAAAACCUUGA